AUGGGUUCUGGUAUGUCAAAAGCAGUCAUAGGAGGUCGAUUGGAGGAGCUGAAGGCAGAGUUGGAGGUGGAGAAUAACAAUCUCUCAAAACUGAUAGAACGAUCUGGAAAUGACUUGAAUGCAUUGGAGAAUGCCACCCUUGACAUCGCCAUCACAGGGGCAUCAGGUGCUGGUAAAUCAUCCUUUGUCAAUGCCCUGCGAGGCAUAAAAGAUGAUGAAGAAGGUGCAGCUGAGAUUGGGAUAACACAAACAACCAUGGAGAUAAAGGGAUAUCCACAUCCCACAUCCCCCAAAGUAACAAUAUGGGAUCUUCCAGGAAUUGGAACUCCUCAAUUUGAAGCAAAGCAAUACUUGCAGAUGGUAAAUUUUGCGACAUAUGAUUUCUUCAUCAUUGUUGCCAGUGAUCGCUUCACUGAGCAUGAUGUCUUCCUGGGCCGUGAAAUUCAUAACAUGAAGAAGAAAUUUUACUAUGUGCGCUCCAAAGUAGAUAUAAGUAUUGAUUCUGAAAAAAGGAAACGAAACUUCUGUAAGGAAAAAACGCUUGAGAAGAUAAGGAAAUAUUGCUUUGAUUGUUUGGCAGAGGCAGGAGAAACUCAUCCAAGAGUUUUUCUCAUCUCUUCAAUCGAUUUGAAAGACUAUGAUUUUCCACUCCUAGUAGACACUUUGGAAAAUGAUCUGGAUAGAAUGAAGAGGUAUGUUUUGAUCACAACAGUGUCAGGUUUCUCAAAAGCAAUCCUUAAAAAGAAGAAAGCUGCUAUGGAGGCCCUUAUAUGGAGAGUAGCCCUUGUGUCUUCUGUUACUGGGGCAAUUCCUGUCCCAGGUCUCUUUUUUGUUUGCAAUGUUCCAUUCUUGGAGGCAACAAUGAUUAAUUUCAGCAAAGCCUUUGGUUUGGAUAAAGAUUCCCUCCAUAGGCUUGCAAACCAAGUUCACAAACCUGUUUUUGUGUUGACUUCAGCUAUUAGGAAGACCAGAGUAGCCGACCGAAUUGAUGAGUUCUUUGUAAAGGACCUAUUGCGUCAGCACUGCACGGGUGAAGGAAUUAAAAUGCUGGGGAAAAUGAUAGUUGAUUUCAUACCUCUGUUGGGCUCUGUGUUUGGUGGACUUAAUUCUUUUUCAUGUCUGUCCCACAUGCUGCAGUGCUUUCUGGAUGAUGCUCAGGAAGAUGCUGAGAGGGUUUGGGCAACAGCUUUUGAGAUUUAA